GGAGAGGCCAAAGGACUGGGCGCACUCACAUGUCGUUAUGCCAGGGUGGCUAUCGCCGCUCGCAUAAGGGGCUGUCUCGUAGAGAAGGAGGAGGAGGAGGAGGAAGAAGAAGAGGAGGAGGAGGAGGAGGGAACACGAAAGAACCUAUCCCACAAAAAACAAAUGGUUUGA